AACAGUCGGCCCCUUUUUGAUUGAAAUCCUUGGACUGAAGCAGCUUCUGGGGUCACCAUUAGAAAGAUGAAGAAACACGACAAACAUACCAGAGAAGGUGUUUGGAUUCAACUCUUCCCCAUACACCAGUGACCCGUUCACUUGAUUGAGUGACUCACUAUGACCUUAUCAAGCAAAUUUACCCUCACUCGUCAUCACGUGUGCUCACGAUAUGACGUCACCAUGUAGUUCCCCUUUCAAGUCUGGCACAUCCUGUCUUUGGAUUACUGGGAUUAUGAUUCAUGGCUUGCUUUUGAUAUGCUGUCAAAGGUCAGGCCUCCUGUGGCACGGCUUUGAAUGCACCUUGGAAGCAUGGUUAGCAUUGUUAGCUAGGAUGUGGAUGCAUCUGCCUGGAACUUGGAAUGGUGUCUUGGACGGCUUGUCCUUCUGCAUCAGUUUCAUGGCCUGCAGGCCAACAGUGAGCGGCUUGGAGACGGUGGCAGGCCUCUAUGGCCAAACACUUGAGAUUCCGUGCAACAAAGGAGCCGUGAAAGCGGAAGAGGUGCUGAUGACUAAAUGGAAAUAUGACAAAGGAGACGGACUUUCAGGAGACCUCCUAGUCAAGCAGAAAAACGCCAACCUCUCCAUUAGCGCCACAGACGAAUAUAAAGGCCGCAUCAACAUGGCCGCCAACUUCAGCCUGCUGCUGCGUGGCGCCAAGCUGACAGACCAGCGCACGUUCACCUGCAUGGUGGUGCUCGGCGACAUCAAGGAGUACCCGGUUCAGGUGGUCAUCAACAAGGCGCCCGUGGACGUGGAGGUUUCCCACAAAGCAGAGGAGCUGGAGUUUGGCAAACUUACUAAGCUGGCCACAUGUGUUGUACGAGACGCCAACCCGGCCGCCAACAUCCUCUGGCUGAAGAACAGCAAGCCCCUGCUGGACGAUGGGAAAGGCAUUUCCAUCCGAGCCUCGGUGAAGGUUGACCCGGUGACCGGGCUGUCCACCACCUCCUCCACGCUGGAGUACUCCGCUAACAAAGAGGACACUGACGCUCAGUUCUCCUGCAGCUCUCAACACGACGUGGGCCAGCAGCUGACUUCGCCCCUGCUCACCUUCGCCAUCACAUACUCUACAGAGAACAUCGUCCUGCAGGUGAUGGCACAGGAGCCUCUGGUGGAAGGAGCCAACGUGACCCUGAAGUGCGUGGCGGAUGGCAACCCGGCCCCGACCAGCUUUAACUUCCACCUCAAGGGGGACAUGGUGACCGUCAAUAACACGGAUUCGUACACCCUGACUCACGUGUCGCGCGACACCAGCGGUGAAUACAAAUGCUCCCUCAUUGACAACCCCUCCAUGAUGGCUUCCCGGGACGUCCUGGUCAAUUACCUGGACGUCAAUUUAAGCCCGUCUGGGAACGUCGUCAAGAGAGCCGGGGAGGCUUUGGAGCUACAUUUCCAGAUCAACUCUUCAGGGGAAUCCAAGGUCUCCUGGAUGAAGGACAACAUCAAGCUGCACAAAGAGCCCAAGUUCAGCAAGCUGGCGUACUCGGACAAUGGCCACUAUGAGUGUGAAGUGAAGAUGGGAGCCCUGAGCAAGAAGAUGUCUUUCCACCUGGCUGUUGAAGGCGCUCCAGUCAUCAAGCAGCUGUCCAAACAGCGCGGUGAAGACGGUCAACAUAAAGUCUUGAUUUGUGAGGCCGAGGGCUCUCCAAAGCCAUCUGUUUCCUGGAGCAUCAAUGGCACCUCGCUUUCCGAAAGUCCUUUCGUGAACGGGAAGAUCACGCACAAGAUCACCGUGGUGCCCACGGUCAACCUGACGGUAUCGUGCACCGUGACCAACAUGUUUGGCACCGACACGUCAGAUAUCGAUGUGUCGUCUCUAUUUGAGGAGGUGAGAGUGGAUAAACGAGACCAAUCAGAAGACGGCGAUCAGACCAAGUUGGUGGUGGGCGUCGUGGUCGGCCUUCUCAUCGCCGCCAUGGUAAUCGGCCUGGCAUACGGAAUCUACCAGAAGAAAUCCAAGCAAGGAAGCUGGAAGACUGGCGAGAAGGAGAACGGCUCUUCUGAGGAGGAGCGAAAGCUGGAGGAGAAAGUGGAGGAGAACAGCCAGAAAGCUGAAGUGUAGAAAGGGAAACGCAAGCGGCCAUUUGGGAAUGUGAAAGUGACCACGUGGAACUUUGCACGUUCGUCCUCCCCUCAUCUUUUGGGAAAAGACAACAAAAACAAGUGUACAUUACAAUGAAGACAGUUUGGAUUUGAUUUCAGGGAGAAUUUGACUACAAGUCCAAUCCAACCUCCUCCAAAGCCCCGCCUCCCCACUCAAAACAACCAAUUGGGUACUGUAUGUGCUCCACCUGAUCCACACAGUUCAUGUUUGUUCCUCCUAGUUAGUUGCUGCAAGUGAAAGAACUUUUAGACCAGUUUGCCUUUGCUGUAAACAUACAUGUUUUUUGUACAUACAUGUUCUCCGUGUGUUCAUUCAUCCCGGCAUAAAUGGCGGACAAGAACUUGCUGAAAGGGCUGAAGGGUGCUUGCUUAGGGGGGCUUAACGAUUGCAGGAACUCGACCACCAGAGACAACCCGCCACUUGGCUUUUUCCAAAUGUACUGUAUGUUAGCCAUAACGCAUGAGCAGGUAGAGUGGGGGGGCUAGUUUCUUCCGUUAGAACAUUUGCUGGAUCUGAAGUAUGAUUUUGUUGUUGUUGUUGUGGUUUCUAUUUAUGUUGUACACGAUGGAAGAUCCUGGUAGGGAAAUUGAAAAUGAUUUUUCCAUCCCGCCUUGGAAAUUGAUGAUAAAAUUGCUUGCAGACUGGAGAAGAAGCUCCUAGCUCAUUUCUUUUGAUUGCUCGCAUUCAGCUUGAGUUAGCGUCUCUCAGCAUGCGAUGACGUCAUCAUCAAACCCUGGAGCGACCCACCUGCUAUGAAAACAUCCAAUUGGAAGAACGACCAAAGAAAGUAUUGUAAAUAUCGCUUUUGUUUUUUGUACUUUUGUUUAAAAUAAAGUGUACAUUUGGAAAAAGACAUAAGAUA